UGCCAGAGCUGCGCAUCGCUCAGCUCAGCCCCACUGAGCGUCCUUCUCUGAAUCUGUCCACGCUCGUGCACUGAAACACUCCAUCACUCAGCUGAUUCGGGACCCCAAACGAUUCUGAGUGGCGUUUUCUUCUUCUUUUUAUUUUCUUUACUCUUUUAUUUGCACACUAAGCCCGGAUGCUUCCACAUUUGUGAUUUUAAACUUUAAUUUACGGAAUAAUCAACCCGCCGCUGCACCGAGCUGUUCCAGGAGCGCCCGUGUGCAAUGAACCUGGAGCGCACUGAGAGAGGUGAGCGCCCUUUACCUCGAGGCCAGGACAUGGAGGCUCGUGCUGUGGGAAAGAUGGGAAAGAUGUCUGCGGGCUUUCAGAGGAGCUCCACCUCAGAUGAUGACUCUGGAUGUGCGUUGGAGGAGUAUGCUUGGGUGCCACCAGGACUCAGGCCUGAGCAGGUCCAGAUGUAUUUCUCCUGUCUGCCAGAAGACAAAGUGCCAUAUGUUAAUAGUCCAGGAGAGAAGCACAGGAUCCGCCAGCUCCUCUAUCAGCUGCCGCCACAUGACAACGAGGUGCGCUACUGCCACUCUCUAACAGAGGAAGAAAAGCGGGAGCUCCACAUGUUCAGCACCCAGAGGAAGAGGGAGGCAUUGGGGCGAGGGACACCCAAGAUCCUUCCUAGAGCUCUUCAGCACACCCGCUGUGAAAGUUGUUGUGGUAGUAUAAAUGGAGGCGAAAUGGCAAUUUUUGCCUCCAGAGCUGGACCGAGCCCAUGCUGGCACCCAGCAUGCUUCGUCUGCACCACAUGUCAAGAACUUCUGGUGGAUCUGAUCUAUUUUUACCAAAAUGGCAAGAUCCUUUGCGGAAGACACCACGCUGAGCUUCUCAAACCCAGAUGCUCUUCGUGUGAUGAGAUUAUCUUUGCAGAUGAGUGCACUGAAGCGGAGGGUCGUCACUGGCACAUGAAGCAUUUUGCUUGCUUUGAGUGCGGGACGAUGCUUGGCGGACAGCGGUACAUCAUGAAAGAUGGACGACCCUUUUGCUGUGGGUGCUUUGAGUCACUUUAUGCGGAGUACUGUGAGGCCUGUGGUGAAAACAUUGGUGUCGACCAUGCCCAGAUGACAUAUGAAGGUGUACAUUGGCAUGCCACUGACCAGUGCUUCUGUUGUGCCCAGUGUAAGACAUCCUUGCUGGGAUGUCCAUUCUUGCCCAAGCAAGGCCGCAUUUAUUGCUCAAAGGCCUGUAGUCAAGGGGAAGAUAUUCAUGCCUCAGACUCGUCGGAUUCUGCAUUCCAGUCAGCCCGCUCACGUGAAUCACGGCGGAGUGUCCGCAUGGGGAAGAGUAGCAGGCCUGCUGAACAGUGGAGACAGUCGCAGCUGUUUAACCCUCCUGCCACAGUCCCCUCCUAUGAGCACAAAUUUGAGGAUGCUGAGGGUGACGGAGAUGCCGAUGGUGACAUUGAUAUUGUGGGGCGUAAGCUUGCCUGUCUUGGCCUGGAAGAGGAGCGGUUCUGGAGGGAGCGGGAGGAGCAGGAUGCCGGUGGAGAGGAGGAUCCAGAGGAGUGGGCUCAACAUGAAGACUACAUGACUCAGCUCCUGCUCAAGUUUGGUGACCGCGGGAUGGUUCACCAACUUCAGCAACCGACCCUAAAAUCACACAGCCCUACCAGUGACAGGGUAAUAAAUGUCUCUGAUCCCUGGCUAAAGCCCGAUGCUACAUCUAUGGGGAUUAAUGCCUCUUCUCCAACCCCAGCCAGUCCCACCCAAAGCCAGAUUUCCAGUCAAUCCCGAGCCAACAGCCUCAGCCCUGGAUUGAUGGACAAGAAGCACCUGCCUGAAAUGUACUGGGCUCAGUCACAGGAUGGGCUGGGAGACUCCGCCUACGGAAGUCAUCCAGGUCCUGCCAGUGCCAGAAAAAUCCAAGAGUUGGAGUUGGACCAAGAUCAGGACCAGUCUGGAGCAAGAGGACAGGCCUUCUGGCCAGACAACAGGCAGUGGUAUGAAGACUCUCUUGAGUGCAUCGCCGAUGAGCUGAGGAGGGCUGAGAAGGGUGUUGGAGACUCCAUGGACUCCCUGGCACUCUCAAAUAUUACUGGUGCAUCAGUGGACGGAGAUAACAGAGAUAGACCCAUUGUCUACACACUUCAUGCCAUGCAGGAUCCCUCAGUGGGAGAUGACUGUGAAAAGAUGAGCAACAUGGGAACAUUCAAUUCCUCUCAUCUUCACCACAGUGCCAACUCUCUCAACCUCAACAUGGAAAAAGGAGUUGAAGAGGUAGAGAACGAAAUGGGCAAUGCGAUAAGAGGAGGUACAUCAGGAGGAUUUCACCCGCUGUCUCCACUUUCGGACGGCCUCCCUUCAUCCUUUGUUCAAGCCCCAGCUCUGAGGAGGAGCAAGUCGCAAUCCAGGCCACCUCAAAUGGUCAAGUUCUCAGAAGACACUGUGGACAAUGGAUAUAAUGAAGACUUCGAGGUCAGCAUUGCAAAGCAUCCCAUGAGUGAGAAACCACAGAGGAGGGCAUACUGCCCAGAUGAGAUGGGCAGAGAAAGAAGCUGCUCGGUGAGUCAUCACGGGCGUCGCAGGCAGCACCACCACCGACAGGGUCGGCACCGCAGAAGCCGCAAAACCCGCUCGGACAAUGCCCUUCAUAUGAUGCCAAUUGAAAGAGCACAGAGGCUGUUUGAGCCCCAGCAGCAGGGUCUGGUAAAUCCUGCAUUUGGUGCCAUACGUCCCCAGCACCCUUCACACAUGUUGCCCCUUGCCUACUCCCAAACCCGAUCUGACUAUAUGCUUCGCAGCGCAAUGCAAAAUGACCCACGGGUUGAACAUGUCAUGAGUUUCCAUAGAGACGAAGAUGACUGGUGUUCUACUUGCUCCUCCUCAUCUUCUGACUCUGAGGAGGAGGGCUAUUUCCUGGGCCAGCCAAUCCCUCAGCCAAGAGCUGCUGGGCGCUACUAUGCAGAAGACUACCCAACAAGGGUCACAGCCCUCACUUCUCAGAGCCAUGGCUCACAGACUGGUCGCCGGAAGAGUCAACGCUCCAAAAACUGUAUAAUUUCAUAACAAUGCAGUGUAUUGACAGUAUAAUCUGCACUACACAAAGCAAUACAGUGAAGGUUUUCUGCUCAUUUCUUUAUAAUUGUCACCCAGAUCAAAUCUGGUUUUAAAAAGGCAGCACUAACAAAAUGUGCAUGGCCAUAUCAAUAUCCAUAUCAGGCAAGUUGAGAGAACAAAGUUGUAAUAGAUGAGACAGAAAAGAAAAGGCUUCUGCGCAAUAUACUGUAAAAAGACUAAACUUUUUACACAUCUGCAAAGUUGGCCUAGAUACUAGCUUUUACCAAAUUUCAGCACUAAUAAGAUGCAUGGACCCAUGUCGGAGGCCUUUUAUUAGACUAGCCAGACCGAACCGAUAUACAGUUGAUAUUAAACCCAUUUUUAAUUUGUGCUUUUACUAUUAAGUUUCUUGCUUGUUAGUUGUUUUUAAUGGUUUAUGCUCAUCCAAAACCUUUGCAACAGUAUAUCUGCGCAUUAAAAACAGUGUGAUUGUACAGAAGUUGAUAUUUCAAGUAGAAAAUAGAAACUAACCAAAUAAUUAUUUAAGGCAUAAUAGCACAAAAUGAAAAUGUAUAUACUAAGUUAAGAUUUUAAUACUGGUAUUUUUAUAUCCAUGGUUUAAAGAAAUGUUUUGUUUGAAGUGUAUGAUUAAGAAAGGCUAGCAGUUAUAGAUAAAAACAAAAAACGAAAAAACAACUUGUUAAUAUUUGGGAACCGAUGAACCUGGUGUCAUUUUAUUCACAAUAAAGUGCCAUGUUACUGAAUUUCAUUUAAUGUCUGUUAAUGUUCCACAUUACUGACAGUUGGUGUACAAAUUAUAAACCAACUGGCAGAAACAGCUGUAUUUCCACCUGCUCAUUACUAUUCCUCUGACAUAACCAAACAAAUGCUUUGUGAUGCUUGUAAUAAAUAUUUUUCUUUAAAGCUU